AUCGCGAAUUUUUCAUACUUCUGAGCCAAACGGUCGACCCAUCUUCAUUUGUUUUUCAUCGUAGGCUAAUUUAAUCGACCGAUUCGUGUUUCUGAGAUAAAAAUAGUGCAAAACGUUAAAAUACCUCGACAAAGAAAUGGUGAUCUUGGACCCAAAAGUCGCGGAAAGACACCGGUAAUGCACCCCAAGGAUCAAGCGUCAAGAAUCGGAUACUAAAAGGAAGAAGAGUCUCCGGUAGAGACCGUUCUCACGGAAGGUGGGCGGUCCUUGUGAAAAAUCAAAAUGGUUGCACCGAAAGCAAUUCUACGCGUCCGACUAGCAAUGCGACAAGUUCACUCUGAGCCGACACAGCAGAGGAAGAACGAUGUGAGGUGUCAAAUGAGAAUAACGGGAUUUUUUCUGCAUCCAAACGCAGAGUUCACAGAUACUAACUCGGAGGAGGAGACUGUCACGAGGGCCGAGGAGGACUCGCGCGACCGCGUACGUAGAGAGAGUAUUUCAGAUCCAAGGAUGUCCUCGGGACCUUUCGCUGUCCAAUCCCAGUUUCUACAUGCGAACGGAUCUACUCGUAAACUGAACGACUGUCCAUGUCAAAAGGUAAAAUUUACCGACCCACACUACGUGGCACACCCACAGACCAACACACGGCUCGGGGUACAAAAUCCACCUAUUGCGAGCGAUUCACCGGCGUAACUUGGGGCCAAAUUCCAGCGAUCGGUUGAACGAUCCCGACCUCGAGGGAUCUGCGGAGAACGGAAUUGAGAGGAAAAAAAGG